AGCCAGCGAUUCUCCCUUAAGUAUCUAAAAUAGGCGCGAGCACGUGCCAAUAACCUAAAUUUCUCUUAUUUUCGAUAUAACACAAAUUAACUUUGUUCAUGACAUUGUCAGGGCAAAAAUGAGAUAUCGUCGCAUCAUCGCUCAAUAUUCUGUAACUCACCGCGUUACGUCAUCUUGGGAUUAAGGAGGUGCGGGUGUAACAGAUUUAUAACAGAAUUAUCGUCCUGGCAUCUAUUUCGAUCGAGAUAGUCUUGAAAAGUAUAUGAAACAAUAGUAACUGUUUCAAAAGCGAAUUUUUUUUUUUAUUCUUCCCUUUCGAUGUUUCUAAAGAGAAACGAACGAUUAGAGAAAACACCCGUCAUAUUGCUUAUCUUCUUUUAAACUUUUUUUUUUAAUUAUUUGUCAGUAGACACUGCUUUUGAUUUCUCAAAACUUGUAAUAUAUGUCUAUCAUAUUUAGUAUAAAAGAGAGAAUGAUUUAUUAAAAAAUAAUUAUGUAUAAAAUUAUAUUUGUGCAGCGAAAAUAAAUAAUACAUUCAUUAUUUAUGUCAUUAUGUUAUUUCGAUAAGAUUUAAUUUCACAGUUUCUUUCCAUUUCAGGAUGCAAUUGACAAUAUGUUGCGGAUGUUGUUCCCUAAAAACGGGAACAAUUAUUAUCGGAGUAUUAGGAAUCGUGUUCAGCGUGUUUUUUCUAAUUGAGACCUUCACGGUGAACAUAAAAUGGCCACUGAUAUUUACAACGACCGCAAAGAUUAUCUUCGCGAUCUACCAUUGCAUAACAAUCCUGUUCUGUACGCUACUCGUAAUCGGCAGUAUAAAAAAAAAUGCAUUUAUGAUGCUACCAUGGAUGGUCCAAGAUAUGAUAAUAAUCGUCGUCUUUCUUGUGAUCACCGUUUAUGGGACGAUUGUGUUGUUUAUAAACAAUAUGGUUUCCGACGGUCUUUUUUUGUUUUUCUUCGGUCUAGCUGCAGUCAUGAUAAACAUGUAUAUGUGGUUGGUAGUGUAUCAUCACUUUCAAGAACUGAGGAUCGAAUCGAAAAAUUGCGCACAAGAACGGGUCUCUACGGUAAAUCGUAUAAUUAUCGACGACGGGGGUCCAGUUCGUCUGCGAGAAAGAAGUGAUCCAAAGUCUGCCAUAUCAUUCACAUAAGCGCAUACAAACUCAUAUUGAUUCGCAACAUGAUAUUACAAUUAGGUACAACCGAUUGCAAAUUGCGAUAAUUCACUUUGUUUUCGCGUAUUUACCUGGUUCGUUAAAGAACAACUUUGGAAAAUGUAAGACAAUGAUGUUAUUUUACGAUGUAUCGAGUCGACAAAACUGGCUUUUUCAUACACAUAAUCGCAAUUUAUCAUAUAACAAAUUGUAGAAGAGAUAGAGUGAAAGCGAGACGAGACAUAGGAAUAUAUCUUUUUGCGCACUUUUCGCGAAUCUAUACAUAUCAGGUCUACCGGAAAGUUCUGUCCGUUUUUGGAAUAAAACAAAAUACAAAUUUUUAUUACCGUCAAUAAACUUUAUUAAAUAAUGUAAUUGCCAUUAUUCGGAGAAGUAUUGUCAGCAA